GCGUGCAUCUCAUGCAAGCUAAACUUACUCCACAUAGUCUGACUUCCUGGACCCAGGGAGAGAGUGUUGCGAUAGUACUGAUCUGUGUAGGAGCCCCAUACAUGACUGCUUUGUUUGAAACUGUGAGCUUGUUUUAACCUCCUCACCAGUGAGAAGAGACAAUAGGGAUUUCCCUUUUUUUUUAGCUCUCCAUUUCUCCUUCACCACAUCGGUGGACAGGAUGAUAGCAGCACAGCUUCUGGCCUACUUCUUCACUGAGUUGAAGGAUGAUAAAGUCAAAAAGAUCGAUAAGUACCUGUACGCCAUGCGUUUCUCCGACGAGACGCUGUUGGACAUCAUGAAGCGCUUCAGGAUGGAGCUGGGAAAUGGGCUGGGCCAGGACACCAACCCCACAGCAACCGUCAAGAUGCUGCCCACCUUCGUCAGGUCCAUUCCUGACGGUUCAGAGAAGGGGGACUUCAUUGCUCUGGAUCUGGGAGGCUCGGCUUUCCGCAUCCUGCGAGUAAAGGUGUCCCAUGAGAAGAAGCAGACGGUUCAGAUGGAGAGCCAGGUCUAUGACACUCCUGAGGACAUCAUCCAUGGCAGCGGCACUCAGCUGUUUGACCAUGUUGCAGAGUGCCUGGGUGACUUCAUGGAGAAGCAGAAUAUCAAGGACAAGAAGCUUCCAGUUGGCUUCACCUUUUCAUUUCCCUGUGCACAAACCAAACUGAAUGAGAGUUUUUUGCUCAAUUGGACUAAACGCUUUAAAGCCAGUGGAGUUGAGGGAUUGGACGUUGUGGCACUUCUGAACAAGGCCAUCAAAAAGCGUGGGGACUAUGACGCAGACAUCAUGGCAGUGGUCAAUGACACAGUUGGAACCAUGAUGACCUGUGGCUUUGAUGACCAGCGGUGUGAAGUUGGUAUCAUCAUAGGCACAGGUACUAAUGCUUGUUACAUGGAGGAGCUGAGGCACAUUGACCUGGUGGAGGGAGACGAGGGCAGGAUGUGCAUCAACACAGAGUGGGGAGCCUUCGGGGACAAUGGGAUGCUGGAGGACAUUCGCACAGAGUUUGACAGAGAGAUUGACCGGGGAUCUCUGAAUCCAGGAAAACAGCUGUUUGAGAAGAUGGUCAGUGGGAUGUACAUGGGCGAACUUGUGCGACUCAUCCUGGUCAAGAUGGCCAAAGAAGAAUUUUUGUUUGAGGGUCGGAUAACCCCUGAACUUCUUACCAAAGGGACAUUUGAAACAAAACAUGUUUCUGCCAUUGAAAAGAGUAAAGAAGGCCUUACCAAAGCCAAGGAGAUCCUAGGUCGCCUAGGUGUAGAACCAUCUGCAGAUGACUGCAUCGCCGUGCAGCACGUAUGCACCAUAGUCUCCCACAGAUCAGCCAACCUCAUUGCUGCCACUCUGGGAGGCAUCCUCUCCAGGCUAAAGGACAACAAAGGGAAUCCUCGUCUUCGCACUACUGUGGGAAUCGACGGCUCUCUCUACAAGAUGCACCCGCAAUAUGCCCGGCGUCUCCACAAAACCGUCCGCCGCCUAGUUCCCGAGUCAGAUGUCCGCUUCCUGCUCUCAGAGAGUGGCAGCUCCAAGGGCGCUGCCAUGGUGACCGCCGUGGCCUACCGGCUGGCUGACCAGCGUCGUCAGAUCACAGAGACCCUGGAUGAGUUCAGACUGACCAACGACCAGCUGCUGGAGGUAAAGAAGAGGAUGAGAACGGAGAUCCAGAACGGCCUGGGGAAAAAGACCCAUGACAGCGCCACCGUCAAGAUGUGGCCCACAUAUGUACGCAGCACACCGGAUGGAUCAGAAAAGGGUGAUUUCUUGGCUUUGGAUUUAGGAGGGACAAACUUUAGAGUGCUGUUAGUAAAGAUCCGCAGUGGCAAGCGGCGGACAGUAGAGAUGCAUAACAAAAUAUAUGCCAUUCCUAUGGAGGUGAUGCAAGGGACCGGAGAGGAGCUCUUUGACCACAUUGUCCAGUGCAUUUCUGACUUCCUGGACUACAUGGGCAUGAAGAACACCCGCCUGCCUCUGGGCUUCACCUUCUCGUUCCCGUGUAGACAAACCAGCCUGGAUGCGGGCAUCCUGGUCACCUGGACCAAAGGAUUCAAGGCCACUGACUGUGAAGGGGAGGAUGUUGUGGGGCUUCUCAGAGAGGGGAUUAAACGGAGAGAGGAGUUUGACUUGGACGUAGUGGCAGUAGUGAACGACACAGUUGGGACCAUGAUGACAUGUGCAUAUGAAGAAGCCACCUGUGAGGUUGGCCUAAUUGCAGGAACUGGCAGCAACGCCUGUUACAUGGAGGAGAUGAGGAACAUUGAGACGGUGGAGGGAGAUGUGGGGAGGAUGUGUGUCAACAUGGAGUGGGGCGCCUUCGGGGACAACGGCUGUCUGGAUGACAUCAGAACAGAAUAUGACAGAGCUGUGGAUGACUUAUCACUCAACCCUGGCAAGCAGAGGUAUGAGAAGAUGUGCAGCGGUAUGUAUCUAGGGGAGAUUGUGCGAAACAUCCUGAUCGACUUGACGAAGCGUGGCUUCCUCUUCAGAGGGCAGAUAUCAGAGACCCUAAAGACCAGAGGCAUUUUCGAAACUAAAUUCCUCUCCCAGAUUGAAAGUGACCGCUUGGCGCUACUGCAGGUGAGGUCCAUUCUGCAGCAGCUAGGUCUGGACAGCACAUGUGAUGACAGUAUCAUUGUCAAGGAGGUGUGUGGUACAGUGUCUCACCGGGCAGCCCAGCUCUGUGGAGCUGGAAUGGCCGCCGUCGUCGACAAAAUACGAGAGAACCGCGGGCUGGACCAAAUGGACAUCACCGUGGGGGUGGACGGAACGCUCUACAAGCUUCAUCCACACUUCUCGGGGAUCAUGAACCAGACAGUGAAAGAGUUGGCCCCUAAGUGCAAUGUCAACUUCUUUCUCUCUGAGGACGGGAGUGGCAAGGGUGCAGCCCUCAUCACCGCUGUGGGAUGUCGCAUGCGUGAGCAGGAGGAGAAAAGCUGAGUCUGUUUGGCCUGCCCCCCUCCUCGUCCUCUUCCACCUCUCCUUACACAUGGUUAGAGAGGUAUGCUACAGUAUGUGUCCAAUAAAAUUAGAUUUUAUGAUUUGAUUUAACGAUGACGCUGCUCAAGUGUCUGCCACUCUGCUUCAGACACAACCCGUUGUGGGCACCAAUGACGGAACAUUACAUGCUUCUAAACCAUUUAAAUCUUACAUCUGCUAUUACCAGCCUUUUUCCUGUUUGUGUUGGUCUGCUGUACCGGAUGGAAGGAACUGGGCUCUGUUUGAUUCAGUCUUAUUUGUGAUGUUAGAACACUGCUGUAGGUAUUUGGGGCUUUAAUGUAAGAGAAGAAAGGGAAUAUUUCUGCGUUGAAUGUCUUGUACCUUGCCUAGGUAUGUAAAAUGUUAUUUAUUUUACAGUGUGGAUGUUUUGACAUAAUGAGUGAUAGGGGAUAAUCAUUGUAAGGUUAAAGAUCUCUAUUGCAAAAUUUAUUUUUAUUUUUAACAUUGCAUUCUUCUGUAAGUAUUUCCAAAAUGUCAAAUGUCAACUUUUCUUUUGUUUGAUAGAAUUUCUAGGGUUGUCAUGAAUGCACCAUUGUUCCUUGAUCUUUGAGUAUAUUUUCAUUGCACAAGCUUGUUCAAAAGUCUAUACAGCCACCCUGUAGGAUUUGUUCCUUAAUACAUUGCUUUGGCAGUCUUUGUGAAACCUCUCAGGUUUAGUCAUAUUAAGUAAAUGUAAAAAAUCAUGCUUCUUACCUAACAACUCCUCCUGAAAACCAGCUCUCUAAAGCAACUGGAUCAAUAAAAGUGUCUUUUGUGAACAAGAUAAUGACUUAAAUUCCAACAGUGUACAAUGUAAAAUAAAAAAAAGAUGCUUAUAACAGAAUAAAGGGAACAAAAUAAGAGUAUACGUUUGCAUACUGCAGUUGAAUGUUUGAGUCUUACUGUACAAAAAUGACAGAACAUGAUAAAUGCAUAGAACAUGAUAAAUGAUAGAACAUGAUAAAUGCAUAGAACAUGAUAAAUGCAUAGAACAUGAUAAAUGCAUAGAACAUGAUAAAUGCAUAGAAAAUGAUAAAUGCAUAGAAAAUGAUAAAUGAUAGAACAUGAUAAAUGCAUAGAACAUGAUAAAUGCAUAGAACAUGAUAAAUGAUAGAACAUGAUAAAUGAUAGAACAUGAUAAAUGCAUAGAACAUGAUAAAUGAUAGAACAUGAUAAAUGAUAGAACAUGAUAAAUGCUUACCUUAUUUGGUGUCAGAUGUCUAGAAUACAUUUAUUUUGUACAAUUAUAGAGAUGCACUAAAGCUGGUCCAAAUGAUGCAAAUGGGAUUAAAUGAAACUUUAUUUUGAUGUGCAAGCAAAUAUGAAGCUUUUACUUAUCUUUGAAUAUCUAUGUUAAUUAUCAUGGCAAUACUUUUUUCCAAUAAAGGUCGACUUCCUUUCUGA